CUCUUUACUUACUAAUUCCAUGGUCGACACAGCGCUAAUUCGAAACAAUUGACUGCUGGAGCCAUCGCAGGCAUCACCGUACCCGCGGCUAUGGCUGCAUUGAGUUUUCUCCUCGCGUUUUACUUCUACAGGAAGUGGAAGGCUGCGGAAGCGAUCCACAAUCAACUGCAUAGCAUCCACGUCAGCCAGCAGACACAAGAAGGAGCUGUAGGUUUCACCACGUCACUAGAUCCCCGAGGUCAUCAAAGUUCUGGGAAUGCCUAUCAGAGGGCACCCGGUGAUGGUUCGGAAGGCGUGUCUCAUCCUUCUCAAGUGGAACGUGUUCCAUUAUCGAGCCAACCUCUGGGAGGAUCUCGCCAGCAGUCUUUUGAUCACCCACACCUGGAGGGGGCAGGUGCCCACGGUCAGAUCAUGAACAGUCCACGGCCUACUUCACUGGCUACGACCGAGCUUCCAAAUUAUUCACAGGCGAUGAGGGCGGGUAGAAGAUGACAAUUAUUGGCGAUCCCUUUCUGAGGUGGGCUCGCGGUGCUAGGACAAAUGGUACAAAAUACUCUUUCUCCGUGAUUCGUAUGCUACUAGAUGUAGGGAUUUGGAUGUAAUACCCGGUGGACAUUUUACAUCAAUGUGGAUUUUGGUAGAAAAGGGGUCUUACUUGCAAGAAGCAACGGAACGCGGCCCCGGACU